AUGUCCAUAGCUCUCUUGAUGGGGUCGAUGUACACCACUGACCCCUACAACGACCGUAUCGACCCUAAGCGCUUGGCUAUGUUUGGAGGAUUCGCCUUCUUGAAAGGAACCUCUCUGGGACCUCUCAUUCACUAUUCGGUGAUGAUUGAUCCAGACCUGCUUAUGACAGCCUUCUACGGCACACUGGCCAUCUUCGCCUGCCUUUCUGCGUGUGCCAUAUUCUCGCGUAGGCGAGAGUGGCUCUAUCUAGGCUCGAUUCUAAGCUCGGUGAUGCUGUACAUGGCCUUAGUCAACAUCGGGAAUAUCUUCUUCCGUUCGAACUUGGUAUUCAACUUGAACCUCUAUGGAAUGCUCUUGGUGUUCAUGGGUUACGUCCUGGUCGACACUCAAGUGGCCAUCGAGUCCUUCUACAGCGGCUACAGAGACCCUAUCAAGGCUGCAGGCGAACUCUACACCGACCUUGUUGCUAUUUUUAUUCGAAUCUUGGCCAUUCUGAUGAGGAACUCGGAGGGUCGUAGGAAGGACGACGACAGACGCCGAAGACGCUAA